AUGGCCCCUCUCGUCUGGCUCAUUACAGGCUGCUCAUCCGGCUUCGGCGAGCAAUUCGUGCACUCUGCUCUCGCCCGCGGAGACAAAGUCAUCGCAACCGGACGUAAUGCCGCGACCAAGUUAAAACACUUCGAAGGAACUGGCGCGGCUAUCGUGAACCUCGACGUUGCCCAGCCCGAGGCCGAAGUCAGGAAGAUUAUCGACGAAGCGGCCAAGAUCUACGGCCGUAUUGACGUGCUGGUGAACAAUGCCGGAUACAGCCUAUUUGGGGCUGUCGAGGAAAGCAGCAACGCGGAUUACCAGGGCCUGUUCGCCGUUAAUGUCCUUGGUGCCCUUUCCGUCACGCGUGCGGUGCUGCCGUACAUGCGUGCUCAGAAAUCCGGCACCGUCGUCUUUGUUGGGUCGAUGUACGCCUGGUGGACACCCACGAUGGUGUCGAUAUAUGGCGCGGCCAAGGCGGCCCUCAAAGCCAUUGCCGACGGCCUCGCCACGGAGCUAGCCCCCUUCAACAUCCGCACAAUCGACUUCGAGCCCGGCUUCUUCCAAACCGCCAUCACGGACCUGGCCCAUCUCCAGCAAUACGCACCCAACGCCCCGCUUCUCGACGCCUACGCAGGCCACCGUGCAGCCAUGCUUGAGACAGCGAAAUCCCUUACUGGCAACGAGCGUGGGGACGUGAAGAAGGGCGUCGAGUUGAUGGUGGAUAUUAUUCGUGGGGAGGGGUGUGCUGCGGGAGGACGGAAAGUACCUGCCAGGCUGCCGAUUGGGGGGGACGCGGUGAAGGUGGUGGAGGAUACGUGUCGUAAUAUGUUGAAGGUUAUUGAGGCGUGGAGAGAGGAUGUGGCAGGGACGACGGAUCGGGAGGAGUUUAAGGGUGAGACGGGGUUUGAGGUUGUGGUUACGGUGCCGGAUGUUCAGUGGUAG